AUGGAGGGACUCAGCGAGGAGAGGUUGAGAAUCUCUGAUCUCCGGUAUCCUCUCGCUGCCCUUGCGGAGAAAGUUGGCGGAGAACAUUUUCGUCGGUUCGUGAUCUUCCUGCAGAACCUUGCCAUCUUUGCUGCAGCCGUGCCCUUCCUGCUGCUGGCCUCGGAGACCUUGCAGCGCCUUGUGGCAGACCUGGCAGGGGUGCGCUGGUCCGUGUGUGAGUGGCUAUUUGUGACUACCGCCCUUAUGACACCCCUCCUGUGCCUCGGUACACCCAAGGAUCUAAGGGUGGUCACGUGGCUCGGAGGCCUCUCAAUGGUGGUGGUAACAGCUCUGACCUUCACCAGCCUUCUGCUAGAAACGAGGGCGGAGAGAAGAGCCUAUACUGCCCCCCCUUCCCUGCCCCCUUGGUUCUCUUUGGCUUACUGCUUUGGGGCGGUAGCUAUGCAGUUCGACAUCCACCCAGUCAUCCUUACGGUACAAAUGGACAUGCAGCAGCGACACAGACUACCCUUGGCGGUGAUGGUGGCGUGUGUAGUUGGCGCGGCGCUCAUCCUGGUAGUGGCCGGGGCAGUCUUUGCUAUUCGAGGCUCAGACGUCACCACGAACCUGCUCCAUAGCCUUCCAGGGGGCCCCGUCCUGCACGCCACGCUGGGGAUAGUAGUGGUGCAGGUUCUGUUGUGUCUCGUUCUGGGAAUCAACACACUGUUUCAGAAUCUCGAAGCUUCACUCAGCGUUCCGGAUGAGUGCGGGUGGCGGCGCGUAUUGGUGCGUGGCGGGGUGGUAAUGGCGGUGCUGGCAGUAAGCGAAGCUGUGCCACACUUUGGCGCCACAGUGGAGUUAGUGGGAGGCCUCUUUGCUGCACCUUUCAUCUUUAUCUUCCCGCCUGCCUUCUACACUAUCAUUAAGUACAAGGCGUGUGGGCGUGUACAGCCGCGGGACGUGGUGGUGGCGGCCAAUCUGGUGGUGCUGGGCGUGGUGGGCUGCGUGGGCGCCACCGUUGAAAGUUUGUCACAGAUCGCCGUACUCAGAACCUCCACGCCAUCUUGUUUUGCUGACUUCUUCGCUGGUUAGGUCAGGUCAGGUCAGGGGUCAGGUUAGGGUAAGUUAGG